AUGACAACCGCAAACCCACAACAACGACAAUUCACGCUGUUCCGCAAGUUUAGCACCGAAGUUCGACCACCGCCUUUGGUACGGCGAGAUGAGCGUAUCCGAUCUAUGAAUUGUUCUUUUGAAGAAAUUGCCGAGUCGGAAGAAGAGGACAAUCAGCUCCCAGAGAGAACUUCACCUGUAGGACGAUCGCCAUUUGCUGUCGCUGAAUCACCGUUUGCUGAACGACGCGGAAGCUCUCCUCGAAACUCGAGCCCAACUUAUGCGAAAAAGCUCACUGCACCUCGAUUGUGUCGUGGAUUUUCCGAUCCGGGUCCUCGUCGUCGACAAACAUCAACUAUGUUUGGUUCAUUAAGUCCGGAUCGACAUGAAGCUGGGUCAGAUCUGUUGACCCUUCCACCCAUCCCUGAAGCCGUCACUUCAUCAGCUGAUUGCAAAGAUGAUUGCAACGAGGUCUAG